GGAGGUGCAAUGGAUGGAUGCUUUGCCCCGCUACGUUUAACAUUUUUGUCUUAGUUUAAACAGAAUGCUGCCUCUCCGACAAAAAUUACCCCUUGAUAUACUCCGCGCUAUUGCGGAGGAUUACUAAUUCGCAGCGCAGCGUUAAUAGAUGACCCAGGAGUAUCGGCGUUUCGUUAUAGUUUGAAGAUUAACGCUAGCUGGGGCUGUGUAAGUGGCUACACAGCUAGCUCCUCCUUGCUGUCUGCCAUCGCAUUCUUGUGUCUCCUGCCUCAGGAAUGUUCUCCAAAAAGCCUCAUGGGGACGUUAAAAAAUCAACACAGAAAGUGUUGGACCCAAAGAAGGACGUGUUGACAAGGCUUAAACAUCUUAGAAUUGUCAUAGAAAACGCAGAGCCUGCAGAGCUAAAACAGUUCUUUGACCUGAACUACUCCCAUAUCUACUAUGUCUUCUUUGAAAACUUUGUCACCAUUGAAGUCAGCCUCAAGCAAAAAGGUCAUAAGUCUCAGAGGGAGGAGCUGGACUCAAUCCUCUUCAUCUUUGAGAAAAUCCUCCAGCUACUGCCUGAAAGAAUCCAGAGCCGAUGGCAGUUCCACAGCAUCGGGCUGAUUCUCAAGAAGCUGUUACACACUGGGAACUCUUUAAAGAUCCGGCGUGAAGGUGUGCGCCUGUUCCUGCUGUGGAUGCAGGCGUUACAGUGUAAUGCAGAACGUGAACAACUCUGCAUGUUCGCCUGUUUGAUUCCUGGCUUCCCAGCUCCCCUCUGCCAUGGGACCCCUCGCACCCUGGACACUUUGAUCAACCCUCCACUGAGUUUGACAGAGACUCAGGUGACUCCAGAAGAGAUCACUCCACUGGUUCCUCCACAGUCAGGUGACAAGAACCAGGAAGACCUCACUGCCUACUUCCUUGAAGCACUACUGAAAUACAUGGCCAAGUCUCUAGAGUGGCGCUGUAAAGAGAACCAUGAACGUGGCUUUAGCUUCCUAUUUGGUCACUUCAGGAAGUUUUACCUUCCUCACAUCUUUCCCAACUUCGCCAUGGAAACCAGCCUCUACAACCCCAUACUGGACGUGCCUCCAAUGCGUCCUAAGCCCUACUACAGUGUGGUCCGCAGGGAGCAGGAUGGUGGCGAACCAUUGUACUGCACCAAGGAGAGCUUCCUCCAGGCCCGAGUCAUCUUCAUACGCUGGCUGGUCUCCUUCUGGCUGGAGCCACGACCCAACACACACACACACAUCCCAGGAACAGAGGGAGAGAACGUCCCCAAGAACAUACAGCGAGCAGCAGCCGGCCUGGCAGCUCGCUCUGCAGGCAGCUCGGAUGACAGUGGCGGAGGUGGGAUCCGGUCUGACAGCCACCUGGAAAGUAGCGGGGGUUCAUCUGGGCCAGGAGGAGGCAGCAUGGGGCUGUCCGGGUGUCCGGGGCUUGGGGGCGAGCCUGAGCAGAGCCACUCCAACACAUCUACACUGACUGAGAGGGAACCCAGCUCCUCCUCACUGUGCUCCAUGGAUGAAGAACAGCUGACGGACAUGGAGGUGGUGAGGAGAGUGCUGACCAGCUCCAGAACCAAUGUCAACUUCAUCACAGAGAUCUUUAGACAGGCGUUUCUUCUUCCCAUGUGCGAGGCAGCAGCGAUGCGAAAAGUGGUCCGUGUUUAUCAGGAGUGGAUCUCCAUCGAGGACAAGCCAGUGUUCAUGAAGGAGCCAGAGGAGGGUCCUUAUCCCAUAGCCACAGGCGGCAGUAUGGAUUCAGGCUCUCAGCUUGGAGACAAAGAGGACGAGGGAAUGAACAAAGUGAUUGACAGUGAAUUGCUGGAGUACAGUGUUCAUGCUGGCGUUCAGACUACACUACAGGUAUUUAUCACCCACUCCUCCAAUGUUUUCCUAUUGGAGCCAGCCAACGACAUCAAGAUCCUUUUAGAGGAGCAUGUUGACAUGUGCAAGCGAGUCCUCAACAUUUACCGCAGCCUUGUCAUGCACGAGACCAUGGACCAGAAAACAUGGGAGCAGAUCUUAUUGGUUCUGCUGAGGGUGACGGAGUCCGUGAUGAAGAGACCUCCAUCUAUUAUGCCUCAGGGCAAAAAGAACAACACACUGUCAGGCAGACUGGCUGGACCUAUCUUUCAGACGCUGAUAGUAGCCUGGAUUAAGGGGAAUUUAAACGUCUACAUCAGCAGAGAAUUAUGGGACGACCUCCUCUCUGUCCUCUCUUCUCUGACCUGCUGGGAGGAACUGGUCACAGAGUGGUCUCUCACCAUGGAAACCCUCACCAAGGUCUUGGCCAGGAACCUGUACAAUGUUGAUCUCAACGAGCUGCCUCUGGACAAACUCAGUGAGCAAAAACAGAAGAAACAUAAAGGAAAAGGUAUCGGUUCAGAGGGCCAGCGGCAGAUUGUGGAUCGUUCCUUCUCUAAAGGCUGGAGCAGAGAUCAACCCGGCCAGGCAGCAGCAAUGAGACAGCGAAGUGCCACCACCGCUGGCUCACCAGGCAUCGAAAAAGCCAGGAGUAUUGUCCGCCAGAAGACUGUAGCCCUGCGUAGCUGUUCUACGGGGGACUCUCUGCUGUCCUCAGCCUUUAUCCGCAGUGCUAAGAGUGCUCCUGCUCUGGCUCCGCCUCUUCCUGUCCUCCUCCACCACCACCACCCUUUACUACCCCCCCUUGCCGACCAGCUGGCAGACCUUGAGGACCCGCCAAUUACGCUGACAUCCCGCACUUCUCGGAUGCGUCAUUCCUCCCAGAGCGACGAGGCCCCUCCUACCUCCUGUUCUGAGGUGUUCCAGGGCAGGACUUGUGACCUGGAUGCCCCGGCCCCUUCCUCCCUCGCAAGGAGCAGCAGUGCCUCUGACAUCAUGGAGCCUUUCAUCGCCGAGCGGGUCAAAGCCAACAAAGAGGAGGUGGUCCAGAAAGCCCGUCCGGUCUCCAGUGACGUAGGAAGCAGCAACCCAAACUUCUCUGACCUCAUGGAUGAAUUCAUCCAGGAGAGACUGAGGGCCAAAGGAACAGUAGGCCGCCGUGGCAGCAGCCCAGGGAGUCUGGAGGUUCCCAGGGACCUGCCCGAACUCCUGGAGGCAGGUCAGAGUCCUGGAUCGCGACCCUCAGAUGAUCUUCGGCCUAUCGAUGAUCCAGGGGUUCCCUCUGAGUGGACGUCACCUGCAAGUGCCAGCGGUUCUGAUGUCAUCAGCUCAGACAGCCAAUCAGACUCCUUUAAUGCCUUUCAGUACUCCAACUGCAAGUUUGAUAAUUUUACUUUCAGUUCAGAAGCUUGUGGAAAAGGAGUUGGAUCUGGAGGAGAAGGUCGAGGCAGCUCACUGGACCAGGACAGCCUGGGUGGGGGUGCGGCCUGUGAAGAACACGAAGUGGCGAGUUUGACAACACUUCACAUCGACUCAGAGACCAGCAGCCUCAGCCAUACUGUCACUGUUACUGGUUCUGAGAGCGCUUCUCCAAUGCAUUCUCUCGGUGGCUCUCGGUCCCAGACGCCCUCCCCUGCCACGCUGACAGCAGAGCACACUGAACACACACACUCCCACUCUCACACACACCUACAGCUGGAGCAGAAGCUCCACAACUCUGUCCUUCAGACCCCUGAUGACUUGGAAACCAGUGAGUUCCCCAGCGAGGACUGCAGUGUGAUGGCGGGUGGUUCUCUAACUGGUUGGCACGCAGAUGUUGCCACAGUAAUGUGGCGGAGGAUGCUGGGAAUCCUGGGGGAUGUCAAUACUAUCAAAGACCCAGAGAUCCAUGCUCAGGUCUUCGACUACCUGUGUGAACUGUGGCAAAACUUGGCCAAGAUAAGAGAUAAUUUGGGCAUUUCUCUGGACAACCAGUCAUCUCCACCUCCCCCUGUUCUGAUCCCUCCCCUGAGGAUUCUCACCCCCUGGCUCUUUAAGGCCACCAUGCUGACAGAGCGUUACAAGCAGGGGAAACUUCACGCCUACAAGCUGAUCUGCAGGAUCAUGAAGAGACGGCAGGAUGUUUCCCCAAACACAGACUUCGUUACACACUUCUAUAACAUCAUGCACCAAGGGCUGCUGCACCAAGACCAGGACAUUGUGAACACCAUUAUCAAGCACUGCAGUCCCAGGUUCUUCAGUAUCGGUCUGCCUGGAGCCACCAUGCUGAUCCUGGACUUCAUCAUUGCAGCUUCAAGGGUUACCGCCUGCUCAUCGCUCAAUGCCCCAAGAGUAGAGGCUCAGAUCCUCCUUGGUUCUCUGGUGUGUUUUCCCAACUUGUAUGGGGAGCUUCCAGCCCUUCAUCCCACCACAGCCGACGUGGUGCUUACCAAGUUCCCUGACGUCAAGGAGCACAUUAUCAAAACCAUUCUAACCUCUGCCAGGGACGAACCCUCUGCUCCUGCUAGGUGUGUGGCUUUGUGCAGUCUGGGCAUCUGGCUGUGUGAAGAGCUGGCUCACGGGACUCAACAUCCGCAGAUCAAAGAUGCUCUCAAUGUCAUCUGUGUUACUCUGAAGUACCCCAAUAAGAGUGUAGCACUGGUGGCGUCAGACAUCCUUCACCUCCUGAUCAGUUACGUGGAUCAUCUUCAGAAAUUCCCCCCUGACACUCCAAAGAAGAUCGUAGAGAUUUUGAUCGCCACCAUCACAUUCUUGCUGCCUACUACUGAGUCUUCUCCUCAUGAAAUUGAUAAGAGGCUGGUAGUUUCCCUCCUGUUGUGUCUGUUGGACUGGGUGAUGGCUCUGCCUCCAAAGACUCUGCUUCAGCCUGUUCAGACUCGAAGCCCUCCAGAGAGGGACCAGCCUACCAAGACUUUGCUCAGCUGUAUUUAUAAGGUGUUGCAUGGUUGUGUGUAUGGAGCACAGUCCUUCAGCAGUCCCAAGUAUUACCCGCUGCAGCUGUCGGACCUGUUGAACCCAGAUUACGACCCGUUCCUGCCGUUAGAGAGCCUCAGAGAACCAGAGCCACUGCACAGCCCGGACUCCGAACGCUCCAGCAAACUACAGCCUGUCACUGAAGUUCGCAGCCGUAUUCAGCAGGGCCUGGUUUCCAUCGCAGCCAGAACAGUUAUCACCCACCUGGUCAACCACCUUGGACAUUAUCCCAUGUCUGGAGGGCCGGCUACUCUGUCUAGUCAGGUGUGUGAAAACCAAGACAACCCAUUCUGUGAGAGUGCUGAUCUUGGGCCAGAACUUUUUCAUUCACCAAACCUUCAGUUCCUGGUUCUGAAUGGCUCCACGCUGCUCUCAGUGCUCCAGAUUCGGUCAGAGUCUGGUGUACCAGGGGGUGGAAUGACAGCUGGUUUGUCCUCUGCUCCUGCUUGCGUUCGUGUCAUCAUCCGAGAUGUAGCUGGAAAACACUCCUGGGACUCUGCUGUCCUCUACGGGCCUCCACCAUGUUCCCCGACCAGCCCAGCACACACACUUUUGACGCACACACAAUCUCCUCACAGUGCGAAUCAGGGGGAGUCGGGCUUGGAACAGAUUCUAGCUCCGCCAUUGGCUAAACGUGUGUGUCGGGAGGCGGUGCCAGCGUGGGAUUCACUGAGGGAAGGUGAUGAUGCGCUGGAUGAAAUGCUGCAGUAUCUGGGAUACUCAAGUCCUGAGUGUCUACAGAGAGCAGGCAUGCCACUCAACAUCCCAGCGCCUCCUCCAGCUUGUGUUUCAGAGAAGCAGGAGAACGACGUGAUCAAUGCCAUCCUGAAGCAGAGCGCCGCUGAGAGAGAGUUUGUCCUUCAUAGAGGUGAGGAGCUGAACAUGAGGGCAGUGCAGCAGACUGAACCAGACACCGAGACACCACAGUCUGCCUUUUACUACUGCAGACUACUGAUCAACAUACUGGGACUCAACUCCUGGGAGAAGAGGAGUAACUUUCAUUUGUUGAGGAAGAAUGAGAAGUUGCUGAGAGAGCUGAAGAACCUGGACUCAAGGCAAUGCCGUGAGACCCACAAAAUAGCUGUAUUUUACGUGGCUGAAGGCCAAGAAGACAAACACUCCAUCCUCACCAACACGACGGGCAGCCAGGCUUAUGAAGACUUUGUCUCUGGACUGGGCUGGGAGGUGGAUCUCACCACUCAUUGUGGCUUCAUGGGAGGUCUCCAGAGGAACCGCAGUACAGGCCAGACCACACCUUACUAUGCCACUUCUACCACCGAGGUUAUCUACCACGUCUCCACCCGCAUGCCCCACGACCAGGACCACAACCUCACCAAGAAGCUGAGACACCUGGGUAAUGACGAGGUCCACAUUGUCUGGUCGGAACAUUCCAGAGACUACCGUCGAGGAAUCAUCCCCACUGAGUUCGGAGACGUACUAAUCAUCAUCUACCCCAUGAAGAACCACAUGUACUCCAUCCAUAUUCUCAAAAAACCAGAGGUGCCGUUCUUCGGUCCGUUGUUUGACGGUGCCAUCGUGGACAUGAAGAUUUUGCCCACCAUGGUCAGAGCCACAGCUAUCAACGCCAGUCGAGCUCUCAAAUCCCUCAUUCCUCUAUACCAGAACUUCUAUGAGGAGCGAGCUCGAUACCUUGAAACCAUUGUCCAGCACCACCAGGAGCCGACCACGUUUGAGGAUUACGCAGCUCGAGUUUACAGUCCUGCUCCCUGCACUCACCUGCCGUCUGACACAGGCUCCUGCCUAGAGAUUCUUCGGGGAGAAAGUCCAGCUCUUGGGGAGGCCGGGAGCGACUCAGCAUCCCCCAUGUCUCCUCGGACUAGCAAGAGCCGCAUGUCUAUGAAGCUGCGGCGCUCCUCUGGAUCGGCCAAUAAGACUUGAUCUUUCUAGGUUCCUUGGCUCAGUUGGAACUGACACUUCAUAUCAUGACAGCGAACGAACACUGGUCUUUUUCUCACAUCAACCUAUGAGAAUUACACCAGAGGACAUUUGGUCUAUAAUUGCACUUAAAGUACAAGAAAUUAAGAAAGACACAACUUAAAAUGAACUGCUCUGGGGAAAUUCACAUAGAUGUUAUAUUCAACAGGAAAAAUGAUGCUCAGUGUUCAGGCAGAAGAUGUUGACUCAUGUCCCCUCCAGCAUGUUGCCGCUCUGAUCAGACACUGGUCUUUUAUGUACAAAACGCUUUGUCGCACACUUGUACUCUCAAAAGCACAUGUAAUAGUAUUUCAUGGACUAUACUAUACUGUAACUUUAUUUUGAAAUUGCUCACAGCUGCUGUAUUUAUCCUCAGCUUUGCUUACAAGAAAAAAACCCCCACAGAAACCAGUUGACCCAGUGCUGCAGCAUGCUGAUCUUCGCCAUAGUGGGAGAAGCUGAAUAAGUGCUGCCUAUAGAGAGCAGUUUAAGUUCAUAAUCUGUGCCAUGAUAAAAACUCCAGUGUUAAGUCAGACCGCAAAAAGCUAAAGUGUGCCACAUUACACACUGCUCUGUAAACCAGUUUUGGAGCGCGUAUUCAACGACCAACAAAGAGCAGAGUCUCUUCAGUCUCUGUGUGUGUUGUGUCGUUGAAGGUUGCCAUGGGAAAACUUGUAUAUUUGUACUAUAGUCGGGCUGUGUGUGUACAGACAGAACCAUGAGUUUUGAUAUAAAAUGAAACAAGAGUGACGACUGUAAAGUGUUGCAUGGAGAAAGCAAGAUAAAAGUCUAUUUUUGUUCUCAGUGCAGCGUUAGGUCUAUAAAGAUAAAGAUAAAGGGCCGGGGUCAGUUUCUAUUCAGUCCUUGAAAUGUAAAUAGAAUCUCAUUCAUUUGCAGACAAUAAAAAAAACAUCUUGUGGACUUGGCAGCGUUCUCGAGCCAAACAUCUGUGUUUGAAUUCAGGAGAAAGAGCUUAAGGGACUGAAAGUGACCCGACCUGUUCUCUUAGUGGAAGGAACAAUGUUACUGUAUGUACAGUAAUGAUGGCAGGAUUAUUUGUCUAGAAAAUUAACAAGGCAAGCUGAUCAAAGAAAAAGCACCUGUUACUGUUGUUUUUGCUCAUGCUGUAAAAUGUGGACAAGCACUGAUGUUCAUUGCAUCUAUUUUCUUUCUAUUUUUUUUUUGUGUGUGUUUUGAUCCAAACAAGAAUGUUGCUGUAUAUCACUCUGUCAUCUGAUGCAAUGGAACCACAACUUUCCUUUCUUUGUUGAUCUGAGUACACAUAUAUGAAUAUCUAUAAGAAUGUGUACAGUGUGAGGAGGUGUGUAUAUACUGUUCUGUGAAAGUUAGCUGCCAAAACCAAACUGGUUUAUCCUCAGACCACAUAUCUGCUAAGUGGGUUAACACUACACAUUUUAUGUUUCAGUAGUUUCUCUUUCAUAACCAGUUUGCACUUACACAUGCUUUCGGGAUUUAAACUUAAUCUCAUUUUAGCUCAAAUAGCCAAACGUUACUUUACAGUUAAUAUGUUUAACCUUGGUACCACAGCUAGACUGGGGAAAUUUGAAAGAAAAAUGAGCAUUAACUGUUGUUAAAUAUCACUUUGUUUUUUCUCUAAAAUGAAUUACUAAACAUCACUAUAAUGACAAUGUUGUAUUUAUCAGAAUAUACUGUAUACUGGGGAUUUAAGGCCAUGUCACUCCUGAUAAAUGCCAGUGAGAGAAGUUUUAGUCUCAUUGAUAUCUGUGUGUUUCUCUGACUCAGUUACUCGGGCCCAGUGUUUUUCUGUUAGAGGCAUUUUUAGGGAUGGAAAAUUAAAGUAUACAGAAGAGAGAUACUGUAGAUCCAAGGCCAAAGAGGGGAAGGAGAGAGAGAGAGAGAUAUGUCAAUUUAUCUUCACUUUGAUUUGAAUGUUUUGUUUAUGUCUUUUUUUUUAUUUUUUCUUUAUUCUUUAUUAAAUCUGCUCUUAUAUUUAGACUCGUCUUCAGUUCCACUUCUGGAUGGAGGGGAUCAGCAUGUAAUCACAAUCCAGAAAAUGUAACUUAAACACUACCAUAGAUGAUUUUCAUGUAUUUAACGUCCUCAUUUCAGCUGAACUUUAAAAAAAAAAAAAAAAACUGACACGGCUUCAAAUUAGCAUAGAUGAGUUAUAAAUGUCACGGUUGUGGUUUUACAGGGUUUAUCAGGAUUGAAUGUUCUUCCAUUUAUUUAACAUGAUGGCUUGUUUGUCCAUUGUUUCUUUUUUUCCAUAGCCUGAUCUCUGGUAAAAGAAACAUGUAUAUGAAAGAUCUAUAUUUGAAAAUGUAGGUCUAAGUUAAAGGUUUUGCAUUAUGCUUCACUGCUUGAAGUGUAUUCACAGCUGUAUUUUCUGUUGCUGUUUAUUUUAUUUUUUUAUUUCAGCCAUAGUGUCUCUGUAGAGAGGAAAGGGAUUGUAAAAACUUUUUUUUUUUACCCUUCCGUGGGGUUGAAUUUGUUAAAAAAUUGUCUCUGUAAAUUGAGGUCAAACUCAUGUUGUGUUACUUUGUAUGUGAAUAUUUGAAGUCAGCUGAGAUCAAAGUUGUCCCUUAUAAGUUAUUGCUGUUACCGAUAUUAUUGCUGAGGUUGAAGCAUUGUUGACUGGUUGAGACAGAUCUUAUGGUAGCACCCUGGGACUGAUUUGUACCCGCCAGUAACCAACCAGGUCCCAGUUUGCUUGGUUCCAUCCUGUAAACAACCUGAACCUGUUCACAUGACCAGAUCAAACUCUGUCCUAGAACCUAAAUCACACAGCAAUGCCCUGUUUAUUUACACUCCCUGAUACUAAGCCUCCCUUCCUCUUCCAUUUAAAAUACUUGCGACUCCACACGAGGACUUGAGUCCUGAUGCUGCUUUAAUGUCCCAUGAGAAAGAUUGGGAAAUUUCACACUUCAAAAUUUGUUUUAAAGAUUGUAAAUACUCCUCAGGAUCUUGUUUGGCAUGCAUUCAAAAAGUUCUGCUAAUUCAACUGUACUGAACUCACAUGUAUGAAUGCAUGUUCAUUUAGUUUAAAAAGCCUGAUUAGCAGCAACCAAAAUGUAUAGAAAAUCGAAGUUACCCAAAGCCUUUCAGCAUUAUCAAAAAUUCAUAUCAGCUCCCCUGAGGCACUGUGCUCGGGUUGUUAAGGUAGAAAUAUUUUUCAACCUUUUGGCCCAAAUCUUCAUUGUCUGAAGAGAGGAGACUUCAGACUCCCCUUUCUUCUCCCUGUUUGCGCAGAUUUCCCUCCAUAAAUAACAAUUUUGAUCAUAUGUGCCUGACGUAGAUUGAACACGAGGGCUGCGAUGGAUACGGGUUCAGCUGGUGUCCAGAUGUUAGUUUGGGACGAUGCUGAUAUAUGUAACUACUGACUCUACAUACUGCAUGACACCAGUUCAGUACUAACUGCCUGUGUUGACCAUGUAUCAGCUGUGCCACAACACACACACGCACACACGCUUGCACAUACAAACUCCUCAUACUAUGUUACUGUCAAACCUGUAUUAUGUAAAUGUGUAACAUCUGUUUCAGACACAGAGCGUGGACGUGCAAUGAUGGAAUUUAACAAUAAAUGAUUCGUACCACUCA